UUGACACACGGCGAGGCUAGAACAGCAAGCUCGAGCACGGUAGACGUGUGUCUAUUAGCAAGCCUUUUUCGCGAUUCAUGUUAUCCGGAUAAACGAAACCGGAUUUUCGAUCUCCAAACCUGACGUGACGGCAGACUUCCAAGGUAGCGCCAGCGACGGUGAAUGGGUGAAUGGGCCAAGGAGUGACAGACUGACAGGACAGUCGAAUUUUUUGGCGCCGGCCGUGAUGGAGGCUGUGUGAUUUUUCUCGUAAGAGAUUGCAGGACUCUACAGGAAACAAUUGUGGCGGUUGGUUUUUCUGGGUUCUCGUCUCCUGAGGCAAAGCCAACUGAGUACCUGGCCCUGAACUGCGGAGAGUGAAAAGUUGCCGACUUGGAGGAACUUAUACGCAAAUGUGAAUGGAAGUGUGCUAACCAAAUUUGAAAAAAUUCAAAUUUGACAAGUUUUUAAUUAUGGCAAACAUUGCGGCACAAAGAAUCAAACGGGAAUUUAAAGAAGUUAUCAAGAGUGAAGAGGUAGCAAAAUGUGCAAUUAAAGUAGAAUUGGUGAACGACAGUUUCACAGAAUUGAAGGGCGAGAUCGCUGGACCCCCAGACACACCUUACGAAGGAGGAAAUUUCGUUCUCGAAAUUAAAGUACCUGAGACGUAUCCCUUUAAUCCCCCUAAAGUACGUUUUAUAACAAAAAUUUGGCAUCCUAAUAUCUCCUCUGUAACGGGCGCCAUAUGUCUGGACAUACUAAAGGACCAAUGGGCAGCAGCUAUGACUCUGCGUACAGUUCUAUUGUCCCUGCAAGCUUUAUUAUCGGCAGCGGAACCUGAUGAUCCUCAGGACGCAGUAGUAGCAAAGCAAUAUAAAGAACAUCCCGAAAUGUUUCGCCAAACCGCAAAACAUUGGACGUCGGUUUACGCAGGCGGUCCAGCGACGAUGCCAGAACUGGAUGACAAGAUAAGGCGUUUAACCGACAUGGGUAUUGAAGAUCAUAAUGCGAGAGUCGCUCUUUCAUCGUACAACUGGGACUUGGAGCGUGCCACAGAGCAACUUUUCAGUUAGUGGCAACUGGGCAGUUCUUCCUGCCGCGCCAUUCAUUCUUUCAUCGAAGGACUCUUGCGAUGUCACAACCAAAUAAUAAUAUCACAUCGAUCACGUAGUCCAAUUUCAAACUUGCGAUGACAAUAUGUGCUGAUUGAAAAUCGCGGUAAAGUGUACUCACUUAUUAAGAUCUGUUACCGAGAGCCUUUUUUUUUACUCCAUUUGCAACAUAAGCAUGCCGACAUGAAACAAUCAUCGUGAAUAAAAGAGCAUCGGUAUAAUCGUACACAAGCCUAAUUUUUCUGCAUUGGACACAUCAGACUCUAUCCGGAGAGUUCAGGUCAAGAAAUAUCCUCAACAGCUUCGGUUCCUUUUACACUGCAAUACCAGGUGCGGUGGCGUACACGAUUUGUCGACGCGAUUCAUUUGAUCUUUUUAGGAAGAAAAGUUAUUUUAAAUCAUGUAAAAAUGUUGCAAAAGACUUAAUAUAAUUUUAUUUUUUUUUUAUUAGAAAUUCCAGAACAAAUUAUUAUUUUUUUCGAGUCAAAUACUGUUGAAAGUGAAAAUGAAAUCACAAUGACUGGACAUUUUUUGUUUAGUUGUAUUAAAUUUGCCAUUGUCUGGAUUAAAAAUAUUUAAUUCAAUUUUGUAAACGUCUUACCGGCUAAAGCCAUUUUAUAGAUCAUUUAUAUUUUUCUUGUUAUGACGUUGCUCUUUAAUUAAUUGAUAGAUUCAACUUAUCAGGAUAGUUAGCUGAGCUAACAUAAAUGAGCUGUCUGAAAGACAGAUGGAUAAUUUUACAUUAAGUAAUUUGAUGUCACUAAUGUUAUGCCCAGUGUUUAAUGCAGUAGCGUUGCUUUUCUAUCUCUAUUAUUACUGGAGAAUAUCAAAGGGAUUUGUUUAUACGUUGUCAACGCUUGAUUGUUCGGGCGAAUAAAGCAGCGUACGAGUGCUACAUGCAUAAAUCGUGUUCGAAGAGCGAAAUGGUUUACAUUCCAGAUUCAGGAACGAAGUUGCAUUUACCUUUGUCAUCGAUCGCAUAGACUAAUAUCAAUCUGGUCUUCAAGUAUGUUAUGCAAGAUUUUGUAAAGAGGGGGCAACUCAGUGGAUAUUUCACCAUCAAAUUCUCAGAUUUUCAGCAAAGAUAUCUUGAGAGGAUUAUUGCAAACCAAAAGCGAAUUUCUUCCAAUUUAGGGAAAAAUAGGCUAAAAAUUCAAUUCUUAGUUACAUAAAGUUUUUUUUCUUCAAUUUUCCUCUGAGAUAAAUCUUUAAUGCGAGUGAAAUGUGGAAUAUUUUCUACUUGCCCAUACCAUUAUUUUUUCGCGUUUUUUGUUGUAAUUUAUGAGAAGGGCUGUGUCAGAGGUGUGUCUAUAUAAAUGAUAAAUUACGUGAAUUUCCUACGAAUCGGAGUGGUAAUUAGAAUUAAGCAAUUAUAGGUAUCCUGUUAAGCGAGAAGCGACACACUGCUUUGUUUGUGACAAAUUUAGUUUCCAUACACUGUUUGAAGAUUUAUUGAAUGUACAUUAAUAUUUCGAGAAUUAAUA